CCCCGUCCCGUCGCGCGCCUUCGGCAUCAUCGCGGCGCGCCGCUGCCCCUGCCAGCAUGGAGCGGGAGGAGGAGGCGGCGGGGGCGGGCGGAGCGGCCCCGGCCCUCGCCGAGCUGCUCGCUGACGAGUGUUAUGCUGACUUCUUCAAAGAAGACUUUGAUGUGAAAGCUUACACUUCCCAGUCUAUCCAUCAGGCUGUGAUAGCUGAGCAACUAGCGAAACUUGCCCAAGGUAUUAGUCAGUUGGAUAAAGAGCUUCAUUUACAAGUUGUUGCUAGACAUGAAGACCUGCUGGCCCAAGCAACUGGAAUUGAAUCCCUGGAAGGUGUCCUCCAGAUGAUGCAAACUAGGAUAGGAGCUCUACAAAGUACUGUUGAUAGAAUUAAAGUAAAAAUUGUUGACCCCUACAACAAAAUAGUGUCUCGCACAGCGCAGCUAGCAAAACUUCAAGCAGCUUGUGACUUGCUGCGGAGGAUAAUACGCAUCUUGUAUCUCAGUAAGAGACUUCAAGGACAACUGCAGGGAGGAAGCAGAGAGAUAACAAAAGCUGCCCAGAGUCUCAAUGAACUUGAUUACCUUUCUCAAGGGGUAGAUCUCUCUGGAAUAGAAGUAAUUGAAAACGAUCUGACUUUUUAUUGCAAGAGCUCGCUUGAGGUGGAAAAUCAGGCUAAAAGGUUGCUUGAGCAAGGUGUGGAGACUCAGAAUCCAACUCAAGUGGGAACUGCUCUUCAGGUUUUCUAUAAUCUUGGGACUUUGAAGGAUACCAUCGCUAAUGUGGUGGACGGAUACUGCACAGUCCUGGAGGAGAACAUAAAAAAUGCUUUGGAUAUCAAAGUAUUGACCCAACCAUCUCAAACUGUUACAAGAGGAGGUCCUGGUAGAGCUGCUAUGCCAACACCUGGGAACACAGCAGCUUUUCGAGCAGCCCUCUGGACAAACAUGGAGAAACUCAUGGAUCAGAUCUGUGCAGCUUGUGGGCAGGUGCAGCAUUUGCAAAAAGUAUUGACAAAAAAAAGAGAUCCUGUAUCACAUGUCUGCUUCAUAGAGGAGAUACUUAAGGAUGGCCAGUCUGAUAUUCUGUACAAAUUUUGGAUGACAGUAACUGAGACACUUUCGUCUCAGUUUCAGUCAGCAACAGACUCCUCUAUGUUUUUGAAACAAGCUUUUGAAGGAGAAUACCCUAAGUUACUGAGGCUUUAUAAUGACUUGUGGAAGCGCCUGCAACAAUAUAGUCAAAAUAUUCAGAGGAAUUUUAGCACAAGUGGAACUGCUGAUCUCUUUGCUGAACUACCACAAAUGGAAGAAGAUACACAGGACAUAUUCAUGCAAAAAUCCCAAGAUUAUGAUCCAGAAAAGGCCUUGAAAGAUUCACUGCAACAGUAUGAAGCUGCUUAUUUGUCAAAAUCCUUAUCUCGACUCUUUGACCCCAUCAAUCUUGUCUUCCCUCCUGGAGGUCGGAAUCCUCCUUCUUCUGACGAACUUGACAGCAUCAUUAAAACUAUUGCCAGUGAGCUGAAUGUGGCUGCUGUUGAUGCAGACCUGAGUUUAGCUGUGGCAAAGAAUGUGGCAAAGACCGUUCAGCUCUACGGUGUAAAGUCUGAGCAGCUUCUGUCUACUCAAGGAGAUGCCAGCCAGGUGAUUGGACCACUGACAGAGGGACAGAGGAGGAACGUGGCUGUAGUUAAUUCACUGUACAAACUGCAUCAGUCAGUUCUGAAGGUCAUUACCAAUCAGAGCUCAUUUCCAGCAGCUGCUGAGCAAACAGUCACAACUGCCUUAAAGGCAGUCCAUGAUCUGAUGGGUAGUGCUGUUCAACCAUUGCUAAACUCUGUAGGAGAUUCAGUAGAAGCUAUUAUCAUCACUAUGCACCAGGAAGAUUUUUCUGGAUCAUUAUCCAGCUCAGGAAAACCAGAUGUCCCUUGUUCUCUGUACAUGAAAGAACUGCAGGGUUUUAUAGCAAGAGUCAUGAGUGACUACUUCAGACAUUUUGAAUGUUUUGACUUUGUCUUUGAUAACACUGAAGCCAUGGCUCAAAGAGCAAUUGAACUUUUCAUUCGCAACGCCAGUCUAAUAAGGCCCCUCGGUGAAGGUGGGAAGAUGCGGCUUGCGGCAGAUUUUGCACAGAUGGAGUUGGCGGUAGCGCCACUGUGUCGGCGAGUCUCUGACCUAGGAAAAUCUUACAGACAGCUGAGGUCGUUCAGACCGCUGCUGUUCCAGACCAGUGAGCACAUUGCCAGUAGCCCAGCGCUGGGAGAGGUUAUUCCAUUCAGCAUCAUUCUUCAGUUCUUAUUCGGAAGAGCACCACCAGAGUUAAAAUCGCCCUUCCAGAGGGCUGAGUGGUCCAUUGCCCGCUACUCCCAGUGGCUUGAUGAUCAUCCUUCUGAAAAAGACAGGCUUGCUCUCAUACGUGGUGCGCUGGAAGCUUAUGUUCAGUCAGUACGAACAAGAGAGGGGAAAGAGUUCGCACCAGUCUAUCCCAUAAUGGUUCAGCUGCUGCAGAAAGCGAUGUCAACCCUUCAGUGAAUGUAUCUGGACAACUCUCCCAGAACACGGGGAGCCACAGAUACUUACAGUUCAUGUGACCUAUUCUUCAAUGUGUAAGCUUCACAAUGAAAUGUUUACCUGCUUCAUCUGUCACUUCUAUCCUCUUGCUUUACAUUCAUAGUCUAGAGCUUAUUUAUAAACAAAUAUUAUAAGGAAAUUGUUUGAUUUCUAUGUGCUGUAUGUCUACAUCUAAUAGAAAUGAAUCAUUCUUUAGCAUUCCUCUUGAAUUUAGAAAGGCAUAAAAUUAGAACGUACUCCAAUAUUAGAGUAAUUGUCAAAUAUCUCAAAUAAGGAAACGGCUCUUAUCCAUACAAGCAUAGUUUUAAACAGCUGGAUAGAUUUUAGCCUUAUUCAGAAAAUUAUACUUUUGUAACUCAAGAAUUGUCAGUUUCCACCUAAAAUUCACUACCUUUAGGACAAGGAAAAUGUAUUUAUAAGUAACUUAAAUAAUUCUCUAUUACACUGCUGUUCGCUUUGAAGUAUUUCAGCUUUCUUUUUGUUAAAAUUGUAAUAAAGAACACUGACUUGAUCGUUCCUGAAUUCGGUGUU